AUGCCUCGGCCUCCUCGCCUGCCCCGCUCGUCGCGGCCACGCAACAACAACCCGAAACGGCCUUCGGCAAUCACGGAGUAUCACCCAUGUGGAAUCCUCCAUCAUGGAAGCCACGAAGUUGCUGGAGGCCAGAAGAUCGGCUUCCCCGACAGAAUCGAGACUGACUUUGUCGUCAACCCUGGUGGCAGUGGCCGAGCAUAUGUCGGGAUCCGUUUCCGCUUCCCGCGGCACUUGGAGAACCGGUCCUUUUCUGGGACUGCAGACGUAUUUUCGAUAGUUCUAAGAUUCCCGGCUGGAACAUUCUGUAUGUCCAUCGAGAAUCUUUCUCGAGGUACCUUCGAUUUGAUCUUGCCGCGCGAAGAGACCAACGACCUAGCUAUCAUCAACCUCAGCCUCGGUGAUGGCCAGAUCGCCUCAGUCGAUGGUCUUGGACCGGCACUCCGUGAAGAAACGGAUCUCAUUGACAGCUACAUUAACGUGAAUCAGGAAGCUCAGGGCUGGAAGACCUUGCGCGACAUCUUCAGCCAACGUCAGUUUCGAAUUCUGGCGAGGCGUGGGGUUCAGUCGUCGACCGCACUGGAGAAGUUCGCGUUCUUUCCCAGUUCUCAAAACUACCCUUACAACCAGGUACAUCAUUGGGAUUUAAGCCGCUAUAACCAUCAGAUUCCGGCCAACUCCAGCAACACGCAGUAUCCAGAAAGGUUCGAAUUCGACAACCCCGAAGAUGCCCUCACAACCAUGACCCAGUCUGUGGUCCAAGAUGCGUACUGGUUUUACGUCGACGUUCGAGAGAUCCGAGGCAUUCGGCAGCGCGCCUUCUUCUUGAAACAAGGUUCUCGCUCAACUGAGGACACCGAUUCCUUCUUCGUCUUGAUGACAUUGACACCUGAUAUUACGACUCGUUUCAGCAAAUCCGUCAAGCGCAUCACCAAACUCGGCCGCACGGUACGAAUCUCGUUCAGGAAGGCGCCAGCCCCGGGUACAAGGAGGAGAGACGGUAUGGUGGACAGAGACGAUCUCUUCUGGGAGGGUAUAAUCAGACCGACCUAUGCUGCCCAGAUCAAACACAAGCACAGUCUGAUGAACGUCUGGCUCGAUUUUGGUGAUGGUACGAACGUCGCUCGGCGCCGUGUCGAUGCAGUCAACAACGCCCUCUCCGUGGCUGAUCCAGAGGUGGAGUCGCCGUCGGACGAGAUGGACAACAAUUGCCAGGACGACACGCCAGAGAGACUUUAUCAUCGAAAGCUCUAUGGCAGUUUCCUUCGCGACUUCUUCGUGGGUCGUGGUCUGGGCAAUACGCUUCUCAACCCGCCUCCGAUGGACUCUGACGAUGUUGGCACCCAUGGUCUUAACCUCAGCGAGCCAUCAUUGGUCGCCCCAAAAGUCGACAUACUUGGACCAAUCGACGCCAUAUACCGCCAGGCUCUUUUGGAUAUGCUGAACCCGGGAUCACGCGAGACGUACAAAUCAUACCUAGAAUCUGUAGUUCUCGGUCUCGUCGGUAUUUUCGGGGAGAUGGAGUCGUGUACUUCAGAAGUUCUCGCCGUUACUGCUUUGCUGUACAUGGGCAACCCCGAUAUCAAGACUGUCCACGCCGCAGCUUGGAGGAAUGAAGACGUCACCAAGUUCGCUCGCUGCUUGCAUAGCACCGCCUCAACUGUUGUCCGGUCUAUGAAGGAUAAGUAUACUCCGGCUCCUCAGCCUUACAUUCCUCUCAUCGUCCGCGGUUGUAACAUUCAUUCUGAGGUGGAGUCUUUUAUCAAAAUGAUCCAGGGCGAUCUCUUGAUCUGGGAUACAAGGCAUUGGAGCCGACCCUUUUCGCUCUGCGAGUGGCUUCUCAAGAUUGUGCAGCAUGACGAAUUUGACUUGGACCAGCUGGACCGUCCUGAACUGCUUGAAAUCCGUCAAAAGUGGAAGACCAGUGCUGAUUACGUUGGCUUGCGCGCUUUUGUCAACCACGAUAUCGAGUUCUGGCAGGUCAAGGAGUUUGAUCCUACUCACUACCAUGACAACGAGCCGCAGACCACCACCCUUGCCGACUUUCUUUCCGAGGAGCUCACAAUUGACGAGGACGAAGAAAAGGACAAAGACUCUUCAAGCUUGGAUGCCACACUCAGUGAGAAGAAUGUCGAGGAAGAAGAAGGGCUUAGCGCUGAGGAGCAAGCUGCCAGAUUGAAGAAGGAGGUCUGGCCCCACAAACUGAUACAACUUCUCAUGGUCGACAUCCUGGACGUCGCUGAUGCGCUCUGCACGACGCCCCAUGUAUCUCGAGACGUUCCCUACGACAAGUUCUGGAGGUCCGCCGGUGCAGUCGUCUUCGACGAGGCCACCCAUCUUUCCAAGUCAGACGCCGUGAUCGUGUGGGGCAACACGAUGAGGCCUUGUGCGAUGGCCGGCAAAGAAGGCCAGACUCCUUGGAGCGGAAUCGAUCCCUUUAAGACGCACGAGGACGGACCACACAAGGGCGACUACUAUAACCGCUUCGGACCCGAGGCCAAGGUCUCUGCUCUGGAGUUCAUGCGCACAACGGGAUGGCCGUGCUUCAAGGCGGCGUCGUCGGAUAUGCCCAAGUUCGGUGAGGAUAUGAACUCGUCCGAUAAUGUUGAUGGAGGCUGGUGA